GAUUCUGCCAAGGCUGCAGAGGCUCUUCUGCUGGAUAAAGAGGCCUUUCUUCCAUCUCACAAAUACCUGGUGGAUAAGGCCCGAAUUUUGCACAGCACUGAUGAUGACCAGUCAGAGGAUGCAGGAAGAGAGACUGGCAGGCCGCCUGGCUCCCACUCGUCCUCCUCUCAUGUGGAUGGCCGUGCCUCCCCCAGUCCCGGCCCCCCCACCCUUGACGGCUCCUCCUCCAGCCAUGAUCUACCCCGUCCAUUUUCCGUGUCGCCUUGCUCUGGUGACAGACUGUCAGGAGACCAUAUCCUUCACAAGCAGCUCCUCUCGCCACACUUUAAAAAGGAAGGCCUCAUGGCUUUUCCCACCGCCCUCUAUGCAGCCAAAGUCGCCCUCAUGUCAGCCACCCAAGGGCCCGUGGGGGCGGGCAGCGUCGACGCCGGCCUGCCAAGCGACCAGUCGGAAAGCGGCAGCUCAACUGCAGGAGACGAGGACCAACUGGACACGGCAGAGAUCGCCUUCCAGGUGAAGGAGCAGCUGCUGAAGCAUAACAUUGGCCAGCGUGUGUUUGGCCACUAUGUGCUGGGCCUCUCCCAGGGCUCGGUCAGUGAGAUCCUGGCAAGACCCAAACCCUGGAGGAAGCUGACUGUGAAAGGCAAAGAACCUUUCAUUAAGAUGAAGCAGUUCCUCUCUGAUGAACAGAACAUCCUCGCACUUAGGACCAUCCAGGUCCGCCAGAGAG